AUGCCCAGCUACCCUCUCGGACUGUCCCCCGGCGAUCUCGUGCUCAAUUGUCCGCACCUCGUCGACGCCAUUGUGGACUACGCCACUCCGCGAACGCGCGUCUCGCUCCUCCGCACCGCCAAGUGCUUCUUCCUUCCUUGCGGCAGGAAGAUUUACCACUCGAUUCGUAUCGGCGCGUCUGAGCGACCGAGCUUUUUUGAAGGCGUCGACAAGGCGAUCUCGGAACUCGACGCCAUCGAGCGCUUUCAGCGUGGCCCCGGGCGGCGGUACCCCGAUCUCUCGAUUUACUCCAAGAGAACCCUACUGAGCCUGAUUCGCAUCAUCACCGUCGACGGGCUUCACUGGCAGUGGUGUGAACUGGAGCACGACAGCACGCUGGCUCGACUCCUUCCCAACAUUGACGUGCUGCGCUUUGCUCCCCCGGAGGACCGCCAAACACACCGGCGACGUACGAACCCUCAUGGCUUCGGAACAGAGUGGGCUUGUCACACUCGGUGCCAGUUUGCGGAGCUUCCUUGCCGGAAGAUGGUCUUUCGCAAUCUCUCAACCUCCGGCCUCCCAUUCAGCCCCGACAGCUUCCCCGAUUUCUCUGAUGACAUGAGCGAACUCGUCUUCUUCCUGCCAACUACCGAAUGGGUUAUCACGGGUCAAAGCUACACAUAUCUCGCGAAGUGGAUGGUCGACUUUCUCACCCGCCCCGUCAAGAUCGUCCUUUGGCCCCGGAUGGAAGACUGUUCCCAGUACCUGUUAAGCCCACUUCAAGAAUUGGAAGAGCAUAACCAUCGGCGGCACCUCAUCACCUGUCGCCUCUUGGCUGAGAUGGAAUCGAUUGCCAGCAUCACCAAUGGACGCCUCACAAUUUUCGGCAUGGACCAGGGCCACUGGAAGUUCGGCGCGCACGACCAAAUCGUUGGCGGUGUUUCGGAGGCGGUCGAGAACGACCCCCGUGUCGCCGAGCAGCGCAUCACAAAUGCGCGCAAGUGGAAGCUCAGCCGAAACCUCAUCGAGUUCAAGACUCUCGCCCAGUACGUUGGAGAGGAGGAGGCGAGGUUUGGCGAGAUCGACGAUGAGAAUGUCGCGUACGUUGAUGAUGUUGCGUACGUUGACGACGAAGAGGUGUGCGGUGACUUUGAAGUAGCAUGA